AUGCUCGGUAUCUAUUUCCUAUACCUGGCCUUCCGCUACAACGUUUUCUACGUUUUGACUAUGGCUGUAGACACCAAGGGUGAUGCCUAUGGUCGAGCCUUGCAGCACCUCAGCGUUGGUAUAUAUCUCGCAGAGAUUUGCUUGAUCGGCUUGAUGGGUGCGCGGGAAGCAGACGGUCCAGCCAAGUUGAUGACUGUUCUGCUCAUCCUCACUAUCAUAUACCAGACCUACCUCAACAUGAUCCUGGCUCCUCUGACAAAUACACUGUCCGACAGACUCAUGGCUGAAAAUGAGGAGGAAGCAUUAGCCCAAGCCGAUGAGGAAGGUGCAUCUGUACCAAUUGAUGUGGACGGAGACGGUGUACAACCCAAGCAGACUGCACCCUACUCGGACAACAAGACCGUCAACGCUUUUGCUGAGCACUUCAAGCGAGGCGGUCUNUUUGCCCCCUUCCUCUUCAACGGCUCUAAGAGCAACUACCCGGCCCUUCGUCGCCAACUUUGGGAUGCUUUCCCCGGCCAACCCGCUCCUGUCAUUCCUGAAUACACGAUGAAGCAUGCUUACCACCACCCUGCCAUCACCGCGGAGCCUCCGAAGCUCUGGAUUGUCAAGGAUGAGCUUGGUGUUUCUGCACAAGAAAUCAAGGAGACGAAGAAGGUGAUUGACAUCUCGGAUGAGGGUGCGCGCUUCAAUGAGAAGGGCAAGAUUGAGUGGGAUGAGGAUGAUGUGAGACACGCUCCCAUCUGGAAGGAUAGAGUUGAGUAUUGA